CAUUGUACAGUUUGACAGUUUUAUUACUUUUUUAGUGUUUGUAAGUUUGAGAGUCUUAAUAUAUUCUUUAAAUUCACAUAAAAAUCCAGUGAAAUUGUUAUUUUGCAUUUAUGUAUGUGAAAUUUACCAUAUAGAGUCAAUAAGUUUACAAUGAAUUCAGUGUUAUAUUUAUCAUGUUCAAAAUGUGUAGCCUAAUGACAUUUUUACACUCAAUUUUAAUAUUAUAAUUCGUUUUGCUCAACAUAUAAUCUUCCAUUCGAGUCCAAAAAAUAACUGAAUGUAUAAAAGAUUCUGGUUCAUCAUUGUUAAAAUUACAUUUGGUUUCAACAUCUAAAAACAAAACAAAGCGGUGCUGAUGCUGCAGGGAGGGGCGUGACGUCACGGGAGAGACCGGGAGGAGGAGGAGGCGAAGGGGGAGAAGAGAAGAGGGGGAAGGAGAAGGGACGGAGGAGAGAGCGGGGGGAUGACUGCGUUAAAGGAAACGAAACAAACAAACAAAAAAAACAACAAUCAUGACUCCUGUAAUCCAUCCUACGGUUUUUAUAAAUCAUAAUGGCUGCUCUGUUUACCUACACAGUGCGCCGCAAUAAAUGACGAGCCACCCCGAUAAGAGUAAACUGGCUUGAGAGAGAUGUCAUCUCCGGGGAUGGACACUCCCAGUGACCCCCUCUUGGCCAGUCCUGGAGGGAGGUUAUCUACAGCUCAGGAAGGUAUCUGGAGGAGCUCGCUCCCCAAAACUGCCAGCUUCCCGACGUCCACCACUCGGCACCUCAGUCACCGUGCCAACAACUUCCAAAGACAGCCAAAACGUAGGAAGCUGAUAAGACCUUCUCCACCUCCGCCGCCCAACACCCCCUGCCCCCUGGACCAGCUGGACCUCAGUGAGCUUCCCCCGAGACGCACCUUCCAAGAGCUGCUCUUCAAUGGCUGCAUCCUGUUUGGUAUCGAAUUUAGCUAUGCCAUGGAAACGGCUUAUGUGACUCCUGUGCUUCUACAGAUGGGCCUACCUGAUCAAUUCUACAGCUUGGUGUGGUUUAUAAGCCCCAUACUGGGAUUCCUCGUUCAGCCUCUCAUAGGAGCGUGGAGUGAUCGCUGCACAUCCCGGUUUGGGCGAAGGAGACCAUUUAUUCUUGCCUUGGCUAUAGGGGCGUUGGUCGGUCUAUCCCUGGUGCUGAAUGGGCGGGACAUUGGAAGUGCACUGGCUGACACGGCAUCAAAUCACAAGUGGGGAAUCAUCCUGACAAUUUGUGGUGUAGUUCUGAUGGACUUCAGUGCUGAUUCAGCAGACAACCCGAGCCAUGCGUACAUGAUGGAUGUGUGCAGCCCAGAGGACCAGGAUCGGGGCCUGAACAUCCAUGCGCUGCUGGCAGGACUGGGAGGUGGAUUUGGCUACAUCGUAGGUGGCAUCAACUGGGACCAAACACAAUUCGGGAAGUCGAUGGGAGGUCAACUACGGGUCAUAUACCUGUUUACGAGUAUCACAUUGGUGAUUGCCACCGCCAUGACUCUGAUGAGUAUCCCUGAACGUCCCCUACCAAAGAGCCAACCGAACAAAAACUCCAGCAAAAAACAUCUGAAAAGCCCCAGCCUCCCUCUUCCUCUCUCACCCCCUGUUGCCCCCGGAUCGGCUCUGGGACUGGACGAGGAGGACGAGGACGGUCUUUACGCCUAUAAUUUCCCAAAGCCUCACCCAUGUAAUCCUGACCCUCUGGCCCAUUCUUGCAGCGCCAAUGCACGCCUCUGUGCUGGCCUCACUAGCCCCAUAUCGCCCCUGAGCCCCCUCACCCCAAAAUAUGGCAGCUUUAUAAGUAGGGACAGCUCUCUAACGGGCAUCAAUGAAUUUGCCUCCUCCUUGGGAACCUCCUACAUUGACAGUGUGCUCAUAAAUUGCUACACAGGUCAGCAGACACCACAGGCCCUGGCGCCCAACUCCACCACCGCACCCCUACCUCCAGGGGACUCCCCGCCUCCUGACGAGCCGGCACAGGGGGCAGGGAGCCAUGCUGCAGGACAGACCCAGGCUGAUGUGGUGUCUCAUCCAGCUGGGGAAGUUCAGGAGGCAGAAGAGGCCCAGCCUGCGGGAGAUGCACAAUCUCACGGAGCAUCUCAGGUCACGGCUGGGGCUCAGACUGGUGCAGUGUCACAUCGUGGCUCUAGUGCUGGUAUCCUGAAGCGACCCCAGAGUCUUGCACUAAUGGAGGAGCCCAUGGCGACCCAGAUUGUCGGGCUGGAGAAUGGACGCAGAAGAACAGUGACCUUCAGCCAGCAGGUUGCAAACAUUUUGCUGAAUGGGGUGCGCUAUGAGAGCGACCUGAGCGAGAACGCUGAGACAGGAGAUUCCCAAAUGUCAAUGAAGCUGCUGUGUAUAGCCAUCUAUAGGAUGCCUCCAUCUCUGCGGAGUUUAUGCACUAAUCAUUUUUUGGGCUGGCUGUCCUUUGAAGGCAUGCUGCUCUUCUACACUGAUUUCAUGGGGGAGGUUGUGUUUGAAGGAGACCCUAAAGCACCCCACGACUCUGAGGCUUACCAACGCUACAAUGCUGGUGUUAGCAUGGGCUGCUGGGGCAUGUGCAUCUAUGCAUUCAGUGCUGCUUUCUACUCAGCCAUAUUGGAGAAACUGGAGGAGCGUUUCUCUCUUCGCACUCUUUAUUUUUUUGCCUACCUGGCGUUCGGUUUGGGCACAGGCCUGGCCACUCUGUCCACCAACCUCUACGUGGUACUUUCUCUCUGUGUCACCUAUGGGGUGCUCUUUUCUUCUCUAUGCACACUGCCUUACUCUCUGCUGUGUGAAUACUACCAGAGCCCUCAGUUUUGUGGCUCAUCAGAGGAAGGGACCAGACGAGGCAUGGGGGUGGACAUCUCUCUGCUCAGCUGCCAGUACUUCCUGGCUCAGAUCCUGGUUUCUGUGGCGAUGGGACCUCUGACCUCACUGGUGGGUGGGGCCCAGGGAGUGAUGUACUUUGCAAGCCUGAUGUCAUUCGUGGGCUGUCUGUACUCCUCUCUCUGCGUGGUGUACCAGCUGCCCCCCCCUGAGGGAAGAGGAGAAGUUGAAACUGGCGUGUGAAUCAGCAUUCAGUCGGAAACCGAAAAAAACAGAAGAAGAGCAAACAGAGAGAAGACUCAUGUGAACUUUGGGUAACCCUGAAGGUGGACAACAUUGAACUGAAUUGAACUGUGGGGUUUCGCUGAGCCAGCAGCAAGAGCUUAUUGUCAUCAGUAGGGUGCAUGCUUAAGAUAGUAGGCUUCUGCUCCACCAUGCUCAGUGUAGUGUGAUGCCCUUUUAAUUGAGUUAGUUCGCCAAGUUCCCGAGGGAAGAAUCAAACAUCAUUCCUUCAUCCAUCCUAAAAAGCCAUCUUCAUUAGCAAAAAUGGUACAUAUAAUUGAUUUUUUUUUACCUCUGUCGUGCCAUGGCAAACAGUAACAGUUGUCUGAUCAGCCUCAACACAAGCGCGACGCUUGACUUCAGGGCUUCAACAGCAGGUUGAACUUUAGUAUAAAACCUGUUUUAAGCCUUUCAUUGUGACUGUUUCAUUGACUGACUCACACAGUGAACACCCCAACAUUACGGUGCCAGUCAUAAUCGCUGCCUCAGCAGAAUGUCAAUAUUUGCCUACUAUUAAGCCUCCUGAACUGGAUGCACGCCAUGCUCAUGUUUCUGAGGAAACAGUUACUGUGUGGAUCAUGCUGUUGCAGCUUGCUUGAAAAAAAAAAACAAAACACAUUGAGGUUUUGUGUUAUAAUGGUACCACCUAUUGCUCAAUAUUAGCAGUGUUACUGUAAACGCUACUUCUCUUCAGGAUUCAGUUAAAACUAAAAUUAUAAUUUUGCCAUUUUGGAGUCCCGUGUCAAUUCUUGUUAUAAUUUUACCACUUUACAGCCACCACCCUGGUUGACUUGCACAAUAAUGACCUGCAAUUUCUAACUACACCUCAUGGGGGAGCCAGGACACAUAAGAAAGCAAACACAUUAAUUCUGUGCACCGUUUUCCAUUAUUCCUGUUCCUUCCUGCAUCUUAGCCAGCCAUUUUCCAUGUUCAGAAAAAUUGGGUCAAGUGACAUCUACUUACAGUCAUGGAUUUCAGAAACACUUAUGAGCUUGAGACAAGUAAAAUGCACACAAAACAGAUCUUAAGUAAAAAGACAAUUUAUUUGUUAAUCAGAAUAUACAAAGCAGUGGCUGAAGUAACCAAAUGUCAUUCUGGUUCUGAAAAAGGCAGUCUUGGACACAAAACUGGGCUACCCAGCCAUAACAUAAAACUCAUUGAAAACGUAAGAAAAACAAAGUAUAAAUGGUACAAACUUGCGUGGAAUGCAUACAGAACAAAUGACCAAAGCUUUAAGAUUUAAGAGGGGUUAAUUAACAUUGCAAAAUCCUGCCUCCAUCAAACAGCGUCAAGCGAUCUUGUGGAGGCGCAAGACAGAGCCCCUUUAUUCAUUUGCACCAUCUGUUAUGUUAACAGGGCAGCCAAGCCAAGGAUUAACUAGCAGCUCAACACAAAAGAUUAUGCCUCAACUAAUAAUGCUAACAACUGUCCAUUAGCCCCUGCUUAAAACUUAUCUUUGGUCCUUUAAGUGAAUCUGAGAGGUCAACAUGAGCCUUGGAGGUGAGCAGCUGCCUGUAUGUAUGAAUCAUCUGGUCAGCACUGACAUAAUAGAGAUUGUGCUUCUAACAUACUGAUAUAAAACCUCAAGAAAUGAAAAAACUGAUCUCAUAGUGUGGCCCGAUUUGUACAAGUAGAAAAAAAGCUCAUUUUAAAGACCAAUAAAUAACAUUUCGUAAAAAAA